AUGUCAACUGGAAGCAGCAGUAAUAAGAAGCUUUCGAUUGAGGAAAGGCUCUCUUUGGCUGCUCGUGCAAAGACGCGCAGAAAGGGCAAAAGACUUGAUUCUCCUUCUCCAGUUCCAACUCCGCAAGAAGCCGAUCUGGGAGCUGUCUCAACAGAUGCAAAUGCAGUUAAAUUGGAUACUUCCAGCCCACCAGAAACUCCUACUGACUCUGGGGGUAAUGAUCGAGCACAAUUGGGCUCAGACGAUCUCAAUGAGAUCUCGGUUAUGUUGCCUUCAGACUACCAGGAGAUGACAAAAGAAGCCCUUUUGAUAGCUUUGAAACCAUACCUUGUUGGAUCACUUACUUCAGCGCCAAUUCCUGAACAAAGUGGUAAAGAACUCGAAUCAAGGGAACCCAAGGAUAAUAGCCUAGUAAAGUUGAUUAAGGAAAAGGAUUCGAUUAUCGAAGAUUUACGCAAAGAAGGCGAGAGUCUGUCUAAGCUUGAACUACGGCACAGCAACAUUAUUAAGGGACUUCGAGACAAAUUAAAAGCUUCGGAUUACGAGUUAGAAAGGCUAAAAAAGGAUACAGAGCGGAAAGCUAACGAACACACGUCGCUGUCGCGGGAUUUCGCACAACUCGAAAAAAAGUACCAUGAGACUAACAAGCAGCUAUCCAAAGUUCUUGAGGAACGUGAAGAAGUGAGAGCUCGGAACGAAGCCUUAGAAAAGGGACAGUUGUUGGAAUUACAAGACCAAGUAAGUUCGGACCAGAAAACAAUCAAGGCCCUACAAUCACAUCUGCAAAUGUCGCGAGACAAGCUGGAAACCGCAUCAAUGAAAGCAGAGAUGAAAUAUCAAAGCUUGGAAGCAACAUCUAAAGAGGAGAUCGCACGAUUGGAAACAUCCUUGGAAGAAACAAGAAUAAGCUCGAGACACUUCUCAACCAUUUCAGAGCCGCAAAGGAAUCAAGUUGAGCUUGCUGAAAAGCUCCAGCGUUUUGAAAAAGAGCUGGAAACCGGCCGCCAAUCUUGGUCCAGGCUUGAGUCGGCAUUGCGCCAAGAACUAUACGAAGCAGAAUGUAAACUAACCGAAUGCUCAAAAGAAAGGUCAAUUGCAAGCGACAGCCUCGUCUCUGCCCGCGAUGAGAACGCGUCCUUGAAUUCACAGAUUCAUACAUUGAAAUUGAGCCAACAAAACUUGAAAAAUGAGGUGAAGGAACUGGAAAGUAUGAUCGAAAAGCUAGAUCAUUCGCUUAGUAACGCUAAGGAUGAAACAAAGCUCUGGCAAGAGAAAUACAUGGUUCGAAAAUCGGAAUUAGACUCGCUUUUGAAUGAUCCAAGAGCCCGUGACGAAAUGAAGUCUCAGUUUGAGCCACACAUCCAAGACAAGGAGGAGACUCCAACUGAUCUUGAGGGACUUGACAAGAUCUCAAAUUGGGAAUUCAAGAAUCUGCAAACGCUUGAUACUGACUGCAACAAUAAUCAAGACUCUGUAAGUAUUAGGUCGCAGUAUGAUCUGGACGAGCUGUUGCCUCGUGAAGAUAUUGAAUUGUCAAGCAACCUGAGGAAAAGCAGCAUAACGUCUCUAGAUUACACUUCUUCGCGGCAGCAAAACAAGACCAUCAACACUCAGCAAAACACUCAAAUGAAUGCACAGAUGAUCAGCAGGCUUGCAAGUCAGGUAAGAAGACUAGAGACUGAGCUUGCAUCCCUGCAGGGCUCCCACGGAAAACUGCUUAAGGAAAAACAGGCAGUCAACGACACCAUAUUCAAACUCAUGGAGGAGAACGAACAGGUUACAGAAGUCAAGAAUCAGCUAAAAAUUUCGUGUGAACAUGAGAAAAGGUUGGAACAGGAGUUGUCGAAGACUGCUGAACUUCUCUCCGAGCGCACCGAGAGGGUAGAAGAGUUGGAAAAUGACGUCGAUGACCUCAAGGAGCUGAUGCAGAUGCAGGUGCAGCAGCUUGUUGAGUUGCAGGAGCAAGUGAGGUAA